AUGAGCUACCAAAGUAAAUGUAAAGAGGAGGCAUAUAGCCAUUGUUCGAGCAUGAAGUCCGAUUUUAAGUUCUCAAACCUUUUAGGUACUGUAUAUAUACAAGGAAAUGUUAUUUUCUCUGAAGAUAGUACUCUUUUGCUGUCUCCGGUGGGUAAUCGAGUGUCUGUAUUCGAUCUUAUUAACAAUAAGUCCUUCACUUUUGAAUAUGAGCAUAGGAAGAAUAUUUCUCGAAUUGCACUUAAUAAGCAAGGGACACUUUUGCUUUCUGUGGAUGAGGAUGGCCGAGGUAUUUUAGUUAAUUUUAAGACGAGGAAUGUUAUACAUCAUUUCAAUUUUAAGGAUAAGGUUUAUGAUUUGAAGUUUUCACCAGAUGGGAAGUUGUUUGCGCUAACUUGUGGGAGGUUUCUUCAGAUAUGGAAGACCCCAAGUAUUGGAGAGGAUAGACAGUUUGCGCCUUUUGUGCGUCACAGAAUUCACGCUGGGCAUUUUGCUGAAAUUAUUUCGUUAACAUGGUCCAAGGACUCGAGGUUCGUUAUCUCAUCAUCUAAAGAUAUGGCUGCUAGAAUAUGGUCUAUUGAUUCUGCAGAAAAGGACUUAGCCUCGAUAACGUUUUCUGGUCAUAGAGAUUAUGUAAUGGGUUCAUUUUUCAGCGACAACCAAGAAGUGAUCUACACUGUUAGUAAAGAUGGAGCGUUAUUCCAGUGGGAAUAUACAAAGAAGCCAACGGAGGGCUAUAUUAGUGAAGAUGAGGAGGAGUCUGACCUUUCCAACUAUAGUUGGAGGAUUACCAAGAAAAACUAUUUUCAUAUCAAGCAGACAAAAGUUAAAUGUGUUACCUUCCAUGCUGCUUCUAAUCUGUUAGUUGUGGGUUUCGGCAAUGGUGAGUUUCGUAUCUACGAACUUCCGACGUUCACUCUGAUUCAGCAAUUGUCGAUGGGUCAAAAUCCUGUUAAUACCGUGUCGGUGAAUAAAUCAGGAGAGUGGUUGGCAUUUGGAUCCAGUAAACUAGGCCAACUUUUGGUCUACGAGUGGCAAUCUGAAUCAUACAUCUUAAAACAACAGGGUCAUUUUGAUACCAUGAAUGAUCUAGCAUAUUCGCCAGAUGGCUCACGUAUCGUUACCGCCUCGAGUGAUGGCAAAAUUAAGAUUUGGGAUAUCGUUUCUGGGUUUUGUUUAGCAACCUUUGAAGAACACGUAUCUGCUGUCACAGCAGUUCAAUUUGCUAAGAAGGGUCAAAUAAUGUUUUCUGCUUGUUUGGAUGGUACUGUUAAAGCAUGGGAUUUAAUCAGAUACCGCAACUUUCGAACAUUCACUGCUACAGAAAGGAUACAGUUCAACUGUUUAGCUGUUGAUCCAAGUGGAGAAAUUGUAUGUGCUGGUUCUCUGGACGAUUUUAAUAUUCAUGUAUGGUCUGUUCAAACUGGUCAAUUACUUGAUACGUUAUCUGGUCAUGAAGGACCUGUAUCGUGUUUGUCUUUUAGUAAUGAGAAUAGUGUGCUUGCAUCUGCAUCCUGGGAUAAAACCAUUAGAAUCUGGUCCAUAUUCGGAAGGUCGCAACAAGUGGAACCAAUAGAAGUUUUUUCAGACGUAUUAGCCAUAUCAAUGAGACCAGAUGGUAAGCAAGUUUCUGUCUCUACCUUGAAUGGUCAAAUAUCGUUUUUCGACAUUGAAAAUGCUAGACAGGUUGGCAACAUUGAUUGCAGAAAGGAUAUUAUCUCUGGAAGACAUCUAGAGGAUCGUUUCACAGCCAAAAAUUCUUCUAGGUCCAAAUACUUUACGACUAUAGAGUAUAGCUUUGAUGGAUUGGCUAUUGUUGCUGGUGGUAACAACAACAGUCUCUGUUUGUAUGACAUACCGAAUGAAGUUCUCUUAAAAAGAUUUAUUGUUUCUAAAAAUAUGACUCUGAAUGGCACUAUGGAGUUCUUAAACUCUAGUAAAAUGACAGAGGCAGGUUCUUUGGAUUUAAUUGAUCAAGAUGCGGAAAAUUCUGAUUUGGAAGACCGCAUUGAUAAUUCCCUUCCAGGAUCAAGAGCCGGUGGUGACUUGUCAACUAGAAGAGUUAGGCCUGAGAUUCGAGUGACAUCCGUUAGAUUCUCGCCCACCGCCAAUGCAUUUGCAGCAGCUUCGACUGAAGGAUUGUUGAUUUAUUCUGUUGAUGAAGCAGUACUUUUCGAUCCAUUUGAUUUGGACGUAGAUGUAACGCCCCAAACUACCAUAGAAGCUCUGGAGAACAAAGAAUAUCUUCAUGCCCUAGUAAUGGCUUUCAGACUGAAUGAAAUAUAUUUAAUCAAUAGAGUCUAUGAAAAGAUUCCUCUAGAUAAUAUUUCUCUUGUUGCUAACAAUCUGCCAAUCAUCUAUGUUCCUAAGCUGCUAAAGUUUAUUGGAGAAUUUUCUAUGGAUUCACAACACAUGGAAUUCAAUUUGUUGUGGAUUAAGAAUUUGAUUGUUGCUCAUGGGAAAUAUAUGUCUGCAUAUAAGAACGAGUUUGCCGGUUCUUUGAGGGCUAUCAGGAGAUUUAUCGCAAGAGUUGCAAAGGAAGUAACCGGGGUUGCUAGAAACAAUAAAUAUUCGUGCAAAUUCCUUGAAUCUACAGAUGGUACAACUGGCAACGGAGACGUCAAGAUGGAGGUAGAUAUAGGUUCAGAUCAUGAUUCUGAUGAGGAGAUUUUUGAUGCUUCUGAUGAUGAUCAAGAAGGCUGGAUGGGCUUUAGUGAUAAAGAAAGGAAACUGCCAUUGAGUGUUGACAGUGAGUCUGAUGAGGACUUAAUAUAG